GCAGCUUCAAAGUUAAUUUUAAGGUGCUUCAAUGUUGGUCUACGAUGACUCCCAUGUUAGCAUGCAACAUUAUGUACUAUGUGUACAGUAAUUCUUAAUGAAACCGCACUGUUUCUCAACAACCGCUCCCUUUGUACUCACCGGGUGUCUACGCUGAUUUUGUCCAGCUCUUGGUGCCUGUUUGACGGCCAGCUGGAGCGCAGCUGUCGCUGCCCUGCCCGGGGGUGCUGCUGGUCAGACUGAACGACCAGUGACAAGAAUAGUAAAAUGCUUCACUUUGUGAGCUAAACUUAAUGCAAAUUGACUUAUUGAAUGUCCGGAAAUAAGCCAGUUCAUGUUGAAUUCUUAAUGUAAUAAUAAUAAUAGUUAUCAUCGGUGUUCGUCAGGAAGGGCAUCCGGAAUUUAAAGGGCUAGAUCCAAAAAUCAGUAUGCAGAUCAAAAAGUUUUUUUUAAAGGUUUUUACAAUUUUAUAAUUGUAUAAUGCCAUAUAUAGUAUGACGCUGACGUGAAGAAGACAUUUUAAACAUUGGACAGGAGUAGUUAUGCUAAAUGAUUGCCUCAACUAUUAACACCAAACACAUGAUUUAAGUAGGUAUGUGUGGUCUCUAGAAGUAUUGAUUACUGAUUGAUAAGAAGUGCCUAUUUAAAGUGUAAAAGCACAGAGCAGCAGCUGGGGGUUCGAAGGUCAUCGUGCUGCAUGGAAGGAGACGUAAAAAAAAAACAGUUUGGGGCGGCGCCACACCACGAUGACGUCACUGGCUACAGUUGUCACGUCAAGUGUGACCCACGCUCAAACCAGGUUUUGUUAUGUAACGCACACCCGGGUCCAAAGACAAGAAUGAUACCCGGCAACCACACCCAGCAGUCUACAUUGUUGAUCGUCAACAGCCCCGGAAUAUUCAUCUCCAUGGCAACAUUGAUGUGGGCUAACGGCGUGAAGCGUAAGCUGGACGAAGGCGAGGAUGAGGUGGCGUCAGAGGAAGCGGCGUGCGGUGUAUCUCAAGCGUCGUGGACUCUGUGGCGCCAGGCAGUCUUGAACAUGUCGCUGAUGAAGCUCUACCGUCCUCAGAGAGGCGUGGACAUGAACCUGCAGAGGCGUGUUCUCAUCGGCAACAUCAUCCGGCGUAUCCACAAUGACCUUCAGCAGGAAGUGGGCGCGAGCUCCCUCCGCUUCGCCGCAACGCCACUGACCGACUUCCAGCCACCCGCAUCCUCCUUGGACACGUUGCCGUCCUCGCUGUCGGUGUUGGAUUCAUGCCUCACGCCCGCCUCGCUGCUAGAGGACGAAGUGUUCUUUGCUCCCGCCCAUCUCUACCAUGUUCACACCCCCCCGAGGUCACCGUCCUCCAGAGACAGCUUCUCGUCCGCCUUGGAGGACAUCGGCGAGCUAUGUCCGUCAUCCUCGUCGCCUCCAGCUCGUCAUCGCUUUGAUGCCCUCAUGAAGGAGGCGGAGCCCAGGACAGAGAAAGCUUCUCCUCUUCCGCUCGAUGCCACAAACUCUUUGCCAUUGCCAGCCAGCCCCUUCCUGACCGACUUGGUCUUGGACGACGCCCUCUUCACAGACAUUGACACGGCCAUGUAUGACCUUAGACACUGCCCCCCGCCGUCUACCACCAAGAUGGCCGACAGCCUGGUCAGGUCACUGUCCGGGUAUGGGACAGUGGGGGCGGGCCCUCAGAGCUCGGUGUUAAAGAUGGACGCGACGGAACUGGAGCACAUCAUGGAGGUUCUAGUGGAAAGUUGAGGACGACCGGUCCAAGAUCACAUGACCCACAUUUGGGGAAAGGACUUCCAAGAUGGAUGACAAAGAUAUGAGAGAAAAGCUAAAAAAAAAAAGCACGUCAUUGGAAGAUGACAUCCUGACGUCUGCUCUGGAAAAGUCCAACAAUUGUAAACCUUUCAGUGCCUAGUUUUUAAAUAUGGUUUUAAAUUUGGGAAUAUGAUGUCUGACAUGUUUUCUACAUUAAAUGAAACAAAUGCGUUGCCAAGCACAUUUCACAAAAAACAAGUUCCUCUUAAAUUAGUUUAAUUUGUGUCAAAUUUAGAGCUCGGGCAUGCACGAUAACCUGACAGGCCCUUCAAGUGAUUCCGCCUUUUUUUUUUUUUUUUUUUCCAUAGGAAUUGUUG